CUUCCCAUCUUCUCUUGAACGCGGACGAAGCCCUCCCCUUCUCCUGGAUCUCCCUCUCUCUCUCUCUCUCUCUCUCUCUCCCCACAUCGGAAAACCACUCUGGAGAGAUCGCCUCCAUCUCCCUCUCUCUCUCUCCAUCGUAACGUAACAGCUUCGCGGCGGUCUCUCUCUCCCGCGGAAAAUCACUCUGGAGAGAUCGCCUCCAUCUUCCUUCACUCCCAAAUCUUGAUCCCAUCCUCUCCAUCGGAAAACCACUCGCUCGCAAGAAUACCACCAGCUGUUUUCCGGCCAUCAGGAGACACGAGAUCAUGGCGGCGAUCUACAGUCUCUUCAUCAUCAACAAAUCCGGUGGCCUCAUAUUUUACAAGGAUUACGGAUCGACGGGGAGAAUGGACACAAACGAUAGCUUGAGGCUUGCGAGCUUGUGGCAUUCGAUGCACGCUAUCUCGCAGCAGCUGUCGCCUGUCGUCGGAUGCAAUGGGGUUGAGCUCCUCCAGGCUGAUAAUUUCGAUCUCCACUGCUUCCAAUCCCUCACAGGAACAAAGUUUUUUGUAGUUUGUGAGCCUGGGAUGCUUCACAUGGAAGCUCUGCUCAAAGUAAUUUACGAGCUGUACACUGAUUAUGUUCUGAAGAAUCCUUUCUAUGAAAUGGAAAUGCCAAUCCGGUGUGAACUCUUCGAUCUGAAUCUUACUCAAGUAAUCCAAAAGGAUCGAGUCUCGUUGUUAGGGCGGUAAGUUAUUACUGCUGUCUUAUUAUCUUAAUGUUAAUUUCAAUUUUCCAAAUUGGCUUGUACUUCAGACUUAUGGGUAACUGAUGUUAAAAGGAGGAUGCUCGCUUACUAGUCUGUUACAUUUUUCUCAUUCUUCCAAGAAUUAUCUGUUUUCAUGUUUAUUUCCUGAGAAAUUUGUACCUUGAGCUUUUCUUGUAGCGUGCACAUGAACUGUUUUUUUUCCCACCCAAUUUGUUGUUUUAUUUACAAAA